CCUAUUAAAGGCUUACUUAAUUACUUUAAUGACUCUGGACAGGCUUUAAAACGCACUCGGCGCUGGGACGGCGGGCUUGCUGGGAUUUGUAAACAGCGAUCGUGUGAGACUCAGCGGUGGGACUAAAGGAAGCGACACUGUUUUGUGAGGGUCCUCGCCCCCCGGUGCCCGCAGCCACUGCGCCCCUGCACUCUGCGCCUGCUACGGCUGCAGGCGCUCGCGGCUCCGCCUGCUCCAGUUUCUCGCUUCCUUUUCCCCCGAGGUGGCUGUUCCCAUGCAAAUGUUAUUCCCCGACGGAUCACGUGUCCUUUGAAGAGCCACGUGGAUUAACAAAGCUGAUCUGCCCCCAGCUCGCCCCCCUCGGCUGCUAUUUUUUUUUCUUAGCUUCUUUAAAACUGACCUUGAAUGCAUACAUGCUCCAAACGCAGAAUCCCUAAUCCUAUGGAAUAAUUCAACUCGUGAGAAUGCACUUGGCAGCCUUAGAUGACUGCUUUAUAAAGGCAGCCCCCUCGGACCUGGGAGGCUGCAGUCUACCUGGGACAUUCAAAGAGGCACACGAGGUGGAACGUGGACCAGGGCCUCGCGCCACCGCCUCUGCCGAGGGCGCACGCAGACCAGGAUGUCAGACAGGCUCAAGGAACGCAAAAGGACCCCGGUUUCUCAUAAAGUGAUAGAAAAGCGGAGGAGGGACCGAAUCAACCGCUGCUUGAACGAGCUGGGCAAGACAGUCCCCAUGGCCCUGGCGAAACAGAGUUCCGGGAAACUGGAGAAGGCGGAGAUCCUGGAGAUGACAGUUCAGUACCUGCGAGCUCUGCACUCUGCGGAUUUUCCCCGGGGAAGGGAAAAAGAGCUUUUAGCAGAGUUUGCCAACUACUUCCACUACGGUUACCACGAGUGCAUGAAGAACCUGGUGCAUUACCUCACCACGGUGGAGCGGAUGGAGACCAAAGACACCAAGUACGCGCGCAUCCUCGCCUUCCUGCAAUCUAAGGCCCGUCUGGGCACGGAGCCCGCCUUCCCGACGUUCUCGCUCCCGGAACCGGAUUUCUCCUAUCCCUCGGGCCCAGAGUUCGCGGGCCACAGCCCGGGCGAGGCCACCGUGUUCCCGCAGGGGGCUACCCCGGGGUCACUGCCUUGGCCUCCUGGCACGGCCCGCAGUCCCGCCCUGUCGUACUUGUCCAGCGCGCCUCCGGUACCUCUCCCCAGCCCCGCGCAGCAGCACAGCCCCUUCUUGGCUCAGAUGCAGGGCCUGGACCGGCAUUACCUCAAUCUGAUCGGCCAUGCCCAUCCCAACGCCCUCAACCUGCACACGCCCCAGCAUCCUCCCGUGCUCUGACACCCACCCACUGCCUAGAUUACUUUGCGGUUUGGUGGCGGCUUGAGACAAACCCUGUAUAUGUUGUACAUGUGUAAAUAGCGCGCCAACAAAAACUGGAUGGGAGAGCGCCAAGAGCCAAUUAGCCUUCUGAAGGACCUCCCCGACAAUAAAUACUUUGUGCUAAAGACC